CCACUCACUUGUAAUGCAAUGUACUGUGCCCCUCACAUUCUUUAUUGAGCUCUGGUGCUUCUAGCUAGGUAGCUUCAAUGGCAAAACCAAUUUCAAUUGAAGUCUACAAUCCAAAUGGCAAGCACAGGGUUGUUAGCACCAAAUCAAUGCCUGGAACUCGCUGGAUCAAUCUCUUGAUUGAGCAAGACUGUCGUGUUGAGAUAUGCACCCAGAAGAAAACAAUACUGUCUGUUGAGGAUAUUAUUGCUCUAAUUGGUGAUAAGUGUGAUGGUGUAAUAGGCCAGUUGACAGAAGAUUGGGGGGAGACAUUAUUUGCAGCAUUAAGCAGGGCAGGUGGAAAGGCAUUUAGUAACAUGGCUGUUGGUUACAAUAAUGUUGAUGUAAAUGCUGCUAACAAGCAUGGUGUUGCUGUUGGAAAUACUCCUGGAGUGCUUACAGAGACAACUGCAGAGUUGGCAGCAUCACUUUCUUUAGCUGCUGCUAGAAGAAUUGUUGAAGCAGACCAGUUCAUGAGGGCAGGCUUAUACGAUGGAUGGCUUCCUCACCUGUUUGUUGGAAACUUGCUCAAAGGACAAACUGUUGGUGUCAUUGGAGCUGGUCGCAUUGGAUCCGCUUAUGCCAGAAUGAUGGUUGAAGGGUUCAAAAUGAAUCUUAUUUACUAUGAUCUCUACCAAUCCACACGCUUAGAGAAGUUUGUUACAGCUUAUGGUGAAUUCCUAAAAGCUAACGGCGAGCAGCCAGUUACUUGGAAAAGAGCAGCCAGCAUGGAUGAGGUGCUUCGAGAGGCAGAUGUGAUAAGUCUUCACCCAAUAUUGGACAAAACCACUUACCAUUUGAUCAACAAGGAAAGCCUUGCAACAAUGAAGAAGGAAGCAAUCCUUGUAAACUGCAGUAGGGGUCCAGUGGUUGAUGAAGUAGCCCUUGUAGAGCAUUUGAAACAAAAUCCUAUGUUUCGUGUUGGCCUUGAUGUCUUUGAGGACGAACCUUACAUGAAGCCCGGGCUUGCUGACAUGAAGAAUGCUGUUGUUGUACCUCACAUUGCUUCUGCUUCCAAGUGGACUCGUGAAGGAAUGGCAACACUAGCAGCUCUGAAUGUCCUGGGAAAGAUUAAAGGGUAUCCAGUGUGGGGCGAUCCGAAUCGGGUAGCACCAUUUUUGAAUGAGAAUGCUCCUCCUCCUGCUGCAAGUCCAAGUAUUGUGAACGCAAAAGCCUUAGGUCUACCUGUUUCAAAGCUAUAAAUCAUGGAAGGCUGAUCAUCAUCUAGGGGCCUUGUGGUUUAUAAUGUGUGUGUUUCUGAAUAUCGGAUCAUGGUCUCUACUAUGAUUUUCUCUUGGUAGAUGCAUUAACAACCGUGUAAUGAGUAUUAUGAACUUCAAUAGCAAUAUUUUGCUCGA